AUGCUAAAAAUAGAAAAAAAACCCCUACCCCGGUGUCCGUCGAUUGGGGUGGCUGUGGGCGGCUCGAUCUCAUGGCCGGCGGCCGCCGCGUUGUCGGGCGUCGCGGACAUGGACGCCGGUGGUGGGUUGACGGGAUCGCAGCACUCGCGUUCGGGGUACUCGCUGGCCACCGCCGCACCGGCAGCAGCGACCAACAGCAGCCAUGCGGCCGCGAACAUGACGGCUGCUGCAGUGCGGCUAUCGCUUGUUCACCACUUGCCCGGCACCGGACGACCACGCGGUUCCAUAAAACGUCGUCGUCUCCUCUCUGCGAUUCUUGAGAAGGUCCUCGAUCACGUGUUCUUCUCACUCACCGCCAUCGUCGUCGCCGUCGCCACCGCCGAAGAAACUGUCACAGCUGUAUUGCCCUAUCGACCGGCGGUGCAGUGA